AAGGAAAAGACACCCCCACUCCACUUUUCACCAUAAUAGAAACCAUGGAUGAAUUCACGGGAAAUCAUAUUCCGGCGUUUGGGAGCUGGGAUUGCAACAAUCAUCUUCCUUUCACUCAAUGUUUCGAAUCAGCUCGACAAACUGGGUACAUCGGUUAUGGCUAUGGCUACCCUCAAGAUCGCGAUCUGUACGUCGCCGGAGAUCUGUAUGAGAACAAUGUCGUUACUCCAGCCAUGAUUGUCGUUCCUCGCCGUCGGAGGAAAGCACCGGUGAAGCAAAGGAAGAAGGAACCGUGGGUGGUUUGUGAUUACGAUUAUGUUUACGACUACAGCGAGAAGGAAGAUCUUACACCGGAGCAACCGAGGAAGGAUGUCAAUGUUAGUGGUAAAGUUCAUCCAAAAGCUGUUGAUGAAGACUUGUACAAGAUCUCGCCGGAGCUCCUCCGUGCACCGCCGAGGAGGAAGAGCAAGAGAUGGGGGUUGUUUUCAAUGUGUAUGCAGCCAACUUGCGUUAAGUGAAAUCUUUGAAGAUGCAAAUUUCAAAAAUAGUAGAGAUAUAUAAAUAUAUAUAUAGAUAUAUAAGAGUAUGUGUGAAUGUUUCAAAGAUGAUGACAUGGCCCAAGGAUAUGAAGAUGUGAAGAAGAAGAAGAAGAAGAAGAAGAGGAGAAGUAUUCAUGAUGUUCUUUUUGUUUUGGUGUAAUCCAUUUUUGUAUUUCACUUGACAAAGUUUAAUGAAUUGAAUUUUGGGCCAUAAUUCCUUAACCCUUAUCGAUAUUUAAAUGUCAUUAACAUUUUGUAAUACCAAACAUACCAAAAUAUGCAAUUUUUGUUGUGGGUAGGAUUAUUUAUCAAG